AUAUAUAUAUAUAUAAAAAUUCUGCAUCAUUUAUUUUAUGCACUGCUAAUAUCUCGUAUUUUAGUAGAAAUUUUCGCGUUUGUUAAUUUUGCUAAUUAUGCACGGCGCCAAUUUCUUAGUUUUAAUAGAUGUAUAAAUGGUAAUAAAUGUAUAAAUGGUAAUAAUUGUAUAAAUGGUAAUAAUUGUAUAAAUGGUAAUAAUUGUAUAAAUGGUAAAUGUGAUCUGCUCACAGUCUUUUUCUUUUCUUUUUCUUUUAAAUGUCUUCGUUUGUCAUAUGAAUGAAGUGUCGCUGUAAAAUGAUACUUCGGGUUUCUCUUACAAUUAACUCGCAAGUUAACCAGGUUUCUUUAUGUACAUUUUACACUACAUUUAAAAACUUGGAUUUGUGUUUUAUUAUGAUAAAUAAUAUUUUUCAAUGUUUAAAUCCAACAUCUAAUAGAUACAUGCUCGAGCUGGUAGUAAGUUCAAUAAAAGUAAUUUAUCUUGGUUUUGAAACUUGCCUUUAGAUACUCGGAUUUGCUCGCUGUGGUUCAUAUGGCUUCAAUUAUGGAAAUGAACUUCUAAAGGUCUCCAAAGUUACAGAUCAGAGGGACAUUUCACGUUUCUAGUUGACAAAGUGGAGUGUUGUUACAUAAAUAAAUUCUGCAGUGUGAAUCUGCGCCACUUUUGCUUUAGUAUAUUUAUAUUCAUUGUUUACAAAACGGACAGACAUGCAAGCAAACAUUUAUGCAGAAAAAAGAUUUGCCUUGCAAUGCAUUCAGUUCCAAACCCUAGUUUAGAGUUAGUGCUGGUCUAGUCUAGGGUUACCAUGAUCAUGCUUAUUGAUAAACAGCACAUUGUUGCUUGAAUUGUUCUUGCUGGUUGUUUUGCAGUCAGUGUGUUUUCUCCUGUCUGUGCUGUGGAACAGAUGUGCUGGUUUAAGCUGUUUUUUAAUCCCCAGUUAGGUUAUUUGUCUUUUUCCCCUCAAACUGUCGUUUUUAGUUGGAAAUGAAAAUCUUUCAAGACUGCAUUAAGAAGAGAAAUGUAUUGAUUGCUCAAGUUAGUGUACUUUAAUUCACUAAUUUGUGGCGUACAGCGUUUCAAAUCAAUCAAUUUGUGCAAGAAGCACUGACCGCACAACAUGAGCGGGAUUUAUUCAAACUCUGAUCAUUUUUCAUUUCUCAAAUAGAACUAAAAACAAAUUGCGCUGCCUUUUAUAUACAUUAGAAAUUGUACAGAAUUAAAAAUGUUUAUAAUGAAUGUGAUUAUUAUCCUUUCCAUGAGCACGGCUGAGUCUUUGCGCUGCUUGUAAAGACGCUUUUGUUGAAAGUUGACAUUUGUCUGGUUUUAUGACUUUCAGCUCAGGCGUUAAGCAGUAAAACUGCCAUAAACCUCCUUCUGCCUCUCUAUAAAUUUCCCUUCUGCACAAAAGGAGUCAACACACACGAAAGUAUGCACAAAACACACCAAGUAUGCGCGGUACUUUUACCAAUUAUACAGUACAAUACGAACACGAAAGUGUGUUAGAGACUGGAGACUUUCGCUCUUUUGUUCACCAUGAGAUCAACCCCGAUUCAUUUAGUUCAGCCGCACGAGCUGAUUAAAUACCACUCUAGAGACACGGAAUCAAUAAAGAUUAAACACAUUAUAUAAUUACAUUAUACUAAGAGCGAGAUAGAUAGAUAGAUAGAUAGAUAGAUAGAUAGAUAGAUAGAUAGAUAGAUAGAUAGAUAGAUAGAUAGAUAGAUAGAAUCGCACUUUAUUAAAAUGCUCGGAUUAAAGCAAGGUAAACCUCAAUAAAAAAAAAUACAAAAACAAUUACAUUGAUAGUAUAAUUGUAAAGUUAAUAAUAAUAAUAAUAAUAAUAAUAAUGUUUUAUGCACUUGCACGUACACAUUUCUGUAUGAAAAUAAAAACAAUUUCAUGAAUUUUUUAUUACUUUAUUAUAAAAUACAUUGUCAUAGUUGUAUUAUUUUAUUUAACCAAUGUAUUGUUACAUUUUUCAUGCGUAAAAAACUUCUCGCUCUCGCGCGUCCACUGCGUUAUGAACUGAUCACAGUAUUUAUGACUUUAUUAACUAUUGUCCGCCCGUUUCUCGUUUUUGCAGUAACAGAUGAGGCUCAACAUUUGUGUACAUUAAUAUUGCUGUACAUUAUUAAAUGAUGUUAUCGGUGUGAUAAAUGAAAGAUGAACAAGAUGAUUAGUCAAAAUAAUGACGCUACAUUAAAGAGAAUCAACAUUUUAUUGAGAACUGAAAGAGUUUGAUGUCAUUUUUUGUAACGGAGGAGGAGAUUAAGAAAUAUUGUGGAAAUGUAUACGAUCAGGCCAAGAGAAAAAACCCUUAUGUGUGUGUGUGUGUGUGUGUGUGUGUGUGUGUGUAAAAGAGAGAGAGAGAGAGAGAGAGAGAGAGGCUGAAUAAAAAAAAUCUAUUUUCAAAAACUGUGUAAUCUAAUGUUAAGGUAGAAAAUCUUGGCUUCUCUUUUCUUUCUCUCUCUCUCUCUCUCUCUCUCUCUCACUCCAUAAUCAAGUCAUUCAUUGGAUGAAAUGUGGUCAGCUGACCCAGUCAUCUCUGUCUAUCUUAGAAAGGAUGCUUUGAAAACACACGUUGAGCUGCGCGCGUGCAGUCUUUUAUUGGUGUCCCGAAAUAAAUUAGACAUCAUACAGCACUGGAAUUACAGAAUAAAAUAAUUAAACAAAGAAAUCUAGGAUAGAAUAGGAUAGAAAGAAAGAAAGCGUGAAUGAAGGAAGGGUAAGACGGAGGGAGGGAGUAAAAUAGGGAAAGAGAGAGAACGAGAGAGAGAUCAUAGAAAGUAGGAGAGGGAGGGAAAGAGAAGAAGAGAGGUUUGGAGUGAGAGAGUGAGUGAGUGAGAGAGUGGACGGUAUGAAUUCCUAUUUCACAAACUCGUCCCUCUCGUGCCACUUAACCGGAGCUCACGAGGUUUUGCCCAACGUGGCCCUGUCCAACUCGAGCGCCUACGACCCCGUGGUCCGCCAUUUCCCCUCGUCCUAUGGCGCGGCGAACCGGAUGUACCGCGCGCCCUUCUACCCGCCGCAGGAAGACGUGAUGUUCGGCGCGAGCCGUGCACCCUACGACUACGGAUCGAAUGCGUUUUACUCGGACAAAGACGCGAUUUCCGGUUGCAGACAAAGCUUCGCGCAGGACUUCACCACCUCGCCGUCUUUAGAGCAAUGCAGAAGCGCGUGCCAGGAUCCAAAAAGCAGCAGCAUACAGAUUUAUCCCUGGAUGCAAAGAAUGAACUCGCACAGUGGUGUUGGUUAUGGCUCUGACAGGCGCAGAGGUCGUCAGAUUUAUUCUCGAUACCAAACACUGGAGCUGGAGAAAGAGUUUCACUACAACCGAUAUUUAACUCGGAGAAGAAGAAUCGAGAUCGCAAACACGCUGUGUCUGACCGAGCGACAAAUUAAAAUCUGGUUUCAGAACCGCAGGAUGAAAUGGAAGAAAGAGAACAAUCUGAGCUCCACUCUGAGCGAACAGGAAACACGGAAAGAGGAUACAGAAGAAUCCACUAAUGACACUAAGGAGUAGAUUUUGUUGUUUUUGCAUCAGGCACGUUGUACAUACAUGAAACUACCUAAAACAUGUGCCAAUAUUAUGUGUGAUAUAUCAUGCAUAUAUAAAUAUAGAACAUUAUGGUUAAAAACUACCCAUCAAUUCAACUACCUUAAACAACUAUUCAACUACCUGUUGAAUUUUGCCUCACAAAAUGUUAUGCGCUACAAGUGUGGCUUUUUCCACGUAUAUCUCUGCUUUAUUAUCCAUCAUGUAGAAAAAUGGGUUAUUAGAAAACUACCUGUUGACAUUACCGUCGACUUUUGUUACUGGUUAAAAUCUGAUGAAAAGCUGAAAAAUUGUUAUAUUUAACGAUUAUGUAUACAUUUGCAUAUAUGGAAAACGUGUUUAUAUGAAAUAACAUUGCCUUAGUUGUUGUUGAGCGCCACAAGACAAAAAAUGGACUAUAAUUUUUGUGUCUCGUUCAUGCAACCAAGCAAAUAUUCGGUUAUAUAAAACUACCUGCUGAACAGGUAUCAUUUAUAAAUAAACAUCAACAUGUAUCCUUCAACUUGUGUCACUUGUUGUAUGUUAUUUACGAUCGCACAAGCAUGAUCAGAUUCAGAAACUCAUGAAAGACACAUCAGUCACUACAAUUCCUGAAAUGAUUUUUAGAAAGUCAAACCUUAAGGUCGUCUUGAUUAUGUACAUUUUCCAUAUAUUAUGUUUCAUUUCAGAGUCCAUACUUUCUGUUGACAUGUUAACAUGACCCGCAGCCAAACGCGUCUACAAAUAAGAUUAAAGUCAAUAUUUACAAUAAAUAAAUAAAACAUUUAUAUUAUAUACAAAUAGUAUUUUAAGCAAGUAUCAUCCUAAUUACUCGGGCUUUACCUUCAUGAAGUGCAUUUUGAAAACAAAAUCUCACGACUUUAGAUGUUUACUAGACAAACUAAUCGCGCGGAGUACAAAAUAUGCAAAUAUGCAUGUUUAAAAGUAAUCAGUGCUGAGAUUUGCGUUUUAAUACAAACUGGAAGGGAUCUUUAAAAUGUGGACCAGCAGAGACUUUUAAAUUGCAAAGAAAUAAGUAAAAAAAAGAAACCUUGAAAACUAUAAGAAAAGGCAACUAACUCUCUGUUCCUUUCACUCAUAUCGCAGGGAAUACUCAGUGCACCAGUCACAAACUAAUGUUUAGUGGAAUUAGUAUUAUUUUCUUUAAGCCCUAAAGCUUUCAGAAAAGGGGAAAUAAUAAAAAAAAACUUUAAUGAAAGCAAAUAAGGAUAAGGAUGCAAUGAUCUCGCCAUUCAAAUAGAUCCAUAAUCCUGAUUAGGAUGUAGACAAGAAUAAAAACGCUGCUGCAUUAAAAUAAAUAAAAAA